AUGACUCUAGGAGGAACACUGCUAAUUCUGUCAUGGUUUGCUCGAUCGAUAACCUCUCUCAUUAUCCCUGAAAUUAUACAUAGCGGCAAUAACGAUGCUUCACAUGCGAAACUAAACGAGAGGGACACACUUGAUAAAAAUCAAAUUCCCUUCAUAAUACCAACCCACGGUCCACAAAAGAAUUUUAUCCCGGAUCAAUAUAUAGUGUUGUUUGAGAAUGAUACUACAGAUCUUCAAAUAUCCAGAUUUGAACAAUUUCUGUCAUCACUUAUAGAAGAGGACAACCAAAAAUAUAAUGUCAAUGACAACUAUAGCAAAGUUUUAUCUAGAUUCCAGAUAUCAAAUGAUACAAAGGGUAUGAUUAUUAGAGCACCCAUUGAUGAUUUCCUAGAGGACGUAAAAAAUAAUAUUUUUAAUUAUCAAAAAAUCAUUAAAAUAAUAGAACGAGAUUCAUACGUCCAUAUGAACAAAUUUACUACUCAAAUUGAUUCUUCCUGGGGGUUAUCAAGAAUCUCUCAAAGAAAUCAUUUGAAAUUAUUACAAGAUCAAUUUUAUUUCUAUGAUGAUAAUGGCUCAGGUAAAGGUGUAGAUUGUUACAUCUUGGAUACAGGUAUAAACAGCAACCAUAUCGAAUUUGAAGGAAGAGCAUCUUGGGGAGUCUCGUUGCCUGUAACCGAGCCAUCCUUAGAAGAUAGUAAUGGGCAUGGGACACAUUGUGCUGGAAUCAUCGGCUCUAAAACAUAUGGUGUGGCUAAAGAAACUAAUCUAAUUGCAGUUAAAGUGUUAGAUUUUAAAGGUGACGGGUCAAUGUCUGAUGUCAUCUUAGGUCUUGAAUUUGUCGCCAACUCCCAUACCAAUAAAACAAAUAAUAUUUCUUCUUCGUCCUCAGUACACUCCGAAUUCAAAGGAAGUGUCGUCAAUUUAUCAUUAGGAGCCCCCAAAUCUCCAUCGCUAGAUAUAGCAUUAGAAUCUGCUAAAAAAAUAGGUAUUCAUAUAACUGUGGCUGCAGGAAAUGAAGACGAGGAUGCAUGUAUGACAUCACCUGCAGACUCUCCAGCAGUUAUCACAGUGGGAGCAUCGUCCUUUAGUGAUGAUAGAGCAUUCUUUUCCAAUUGGGGUCCAUGUGUUGAUGUCUUUGCUCCAGGAAUUAAUAUUAAGUCAACCUAUAUUGGUCCAAAUAAUAAUGAAACUUUGAGUUUGAGUGGUAGUUCUAUGAGUUCACCGUUUGUUUCAGGAUUAACUGCAUACUAUUUAUCCUUACAACCUGAUGUUUCUAGUCAAUUCCAUGAUUCUUUGAUGACACCAGACCAACUGAAACGAAAAAUCAUAGAUUUUAGUACAAAUGGUAUGUUGAAGGAAUUACCACUUGAUACCGCCAAUAAAUUAGUAUAUAAUGGAGGUGGAAAAGAUCUUAGUGGAUUUUGGAAUGCCACGAGAAAGGAAAAUUAA